UAGUUUUUUCCCCAAUUUGUUCAACCUCUGAUAGAGAGGUCAAUUUUCUCUCAGUCAACGCUUUAAAUUCUCCUUCCCGUCCAAGUUUCUUUUUCUUCUCGCCUCCUUCAUUUUCUCCCCAAUCUCUCUCGCCCAAUGGAGGCCAUCGCAGAGCAGCCCGAAACGAACACCUCCACCACGAACAACAGCGACCAUGGCUGGCAGAAGGUCACCUACGCAAAGCGCCAACGGAAGACCAAGCAAAACGACUCCGACAAGCUCCAUGGAGGACCGAUCCCCAACGGGAAAAACGACAAGGCCAGCGUUUUCGGCUCCCUCGAGCUGCACUCCGAGGAUCGCCGUCGCCGGAUCCUAGAGGCUCAAAGGGCGUCCACUGAUACUGCGCCGGUGAGAUCCAAGAAUAGAUCAGAAUUCGACGAUGAUAGCGAAGGCAGCGACUUCGAGGAAGGUGCCGCCGCGGAGAAUGGGAAGGUCGAAGAGGCGAAGAAAGUCAAGCCGAAGAAGCCUAAGAAGCUCAAGGUUACCGUAGCCGAGGCCGCUGCUAAGAUUGAUCCUGCCAAUCUUGCUGCUUUUCUUGCCGAUAUAUCCGGGUCGUACGAGGGGCAGCAGGUGAUACAGCUGAUGCGAUUCGCGGAUUAUUUCGGGCGCGCUUUCUCGGUUGUUGGUGCGGCGCAGUUUCCGUGGGUGAAGAUGUUCAGGGAAACCACUGUAGCUAAGCUGACAGAUAUUCCUCUUUCUCAUAUAUCUGACGCUGUUUACAAGACAUCCAUCGACUGGAUCAACCAACGUUCUCCUGAGGCAAUUUCUUCCUUUGUGUUGUGGGCCUUGGACAGCAUCCUUACUGACCUAGCAAACCAGCAAACUGGUUCUAAGGGCUCUAAGAAGGUUGUGCAACAAGAAUCUUCAAAGUCCCAGGUUGCAGUAUUUCUGGUUUUGGCAAUGGUAUUGCGGCGAAAACCUGAUGUUUUAAUUGUUGUAUUGCGAACGCUGAGGGAAAACUCAAAGUAUCAAGGGCAAGAUAAACUCCCAGUUAUUGUAUGGAUGAUGGCUCAGGCCUCUCAGGGAGAUCUGGCUGUGGGCUUGUACUCAUGGGCGCAUAACCUUUUGCCUAUGGCAAGUGGAAAGAGUUCCAAUCCACAAUCUAGGGAUUUGAUUUUGCAGCUAGUUGAGAGAAUCUUGUCUGCACCAAAGGCUCGACAAAUUUUGGUAAAUGGUGCUGUUAGAAAGGGGGAACGUUUGAUGCCACCUUCCGCACUGGAGAUGGUUCUGCGUGCAACAUUUCCUGUGUCUUCAGCAAGAGUGAAGGCUACUGAGAGGUUUGAGGCCAUAUAUCCCACCCUAAAAGAGGUGGCUCUUGCUGGCUCCCCUGGAAGCAAGGCAAUGAAACAAGUUGCUCAGCUUAUUAUGAGUCUUGCACUCAAUGCAGCCGGAGAAAGCAUUCCUGAGCUAUCCAAAGAAGCAGCUGGCAUUUUCAUCUGGAGUUUGGGUCAAAAUGUUGACUGUUACAAGCACUGGGAUAAGGUGUACGAGGAAAAUCUUGAAGCUAGUGUUGCUGUUUUGAAGAAACUUUCUGAGGAAUGGAAGGAGCUCUCUGGAAACCUGUUUCCUUUGGAUCCUCUCAGGGAAACUAUCAAGAAUUUUUCACACGAGAAUGAGAAAGCUAUGGCUAGUAGACCUGAGGCUUCUCGACAAGCCAUCAUCAGGGAAGCUGACAAGUACUGUAAGGUGUUACUGGGCAAAUUAUCUCAUGGCCAUGGGUGCAUGAAAAGCAUGGCAUUUGCCGUGAUUGCAUUGGCUGUCGGAGUUGCCUUCUUCCCCCCAAAUAUGGAGAAUUGGGAUAUGCAGAAACUGACAGUAAUUUUGAGCUCACAGUGAUCUUUCUGAAGAGGAAGUUUCAACGAUAAUUGCAAUAGUUGGUGCAAAGUACCACGUUGAUCUCCCAGUACGUGUCUUUCUCCAUUUUGUAAUACGACCAAGAGGAAAUUUGUAGAAUUCUUUUUAACUUUUUAAAACAUUGGGUGGAGUUAACUAAUACACAGCCCAGUAACAACACCACAGCGGCCAUCAUAUUCCUUGAAAAGGAAGGAAAUUUCUGUUAGAGAAUAAAGAUAAGGAAAGCCAUUUGAGGUCUAAUUCUUGCUUCAUAAAGUUUAUCACUGUAUAAUCAACUUAGUCCUUGGAUGUUUUCACUUUUGAGAUAUAGGAACUUCUCUGUUUUUCGAUCUA